CGGUCUCCGCUUCUUCUUCUUUUUCUUCUCCUCUCAGUUCAGGUUUCAGGCCCGAGGCGACUCCGAUCUCCGAGCGAGGGAUGGCGAACUCACCGGUGGAAGUCGCCGUGAAGCCGAUCGGCAACGGAGCCGGGCCGAGGAAGACGCGCAUGCACCGCCUCAUCGAGGAGGAGGGCAUUGUGCUGAUGCCGGGGAUCUACGACGCGCUCUCCGCGGCCGUCCUCCAGAGCCUGGGAUACAAGGCCGGAUUCGUCUCCGGAUACGCCGUCUCCGCCUCCCGCCUCGGCAUGCCCGACAUCGGGCUCCUCACGCCGCCGGAGAUGGCAAAUGCAGCUCGAGCGAUCUGCGCGGCAGCGCCUAAUGUCGCAUUUAUCGUUGACGCUGAUACUGGAGGUGGCAAUGCUCUUAAUGUCCAAAGGACUGUGAGGGAUAUAAUUAACUCUGGCGCUGCUGGUUUAUUCCUAGAGGAUCAAGUAUGGCCCAAGAAGUGUGGCCAUAUGCAGGGCAAACAGGUGAUACCUGCUGAGGAGCAUGCUGCUAAAAUCGCUGCUGCAAGAGAAGCCAUUGGUGAUUCUGACUUUUUUCUCAUUGCUCGUACUGAUGCUCGUGGAACUGCAGGUGGCCUAGCCGAAGCAAUUGCACGCGCUAAUCUCUACAUGGAGGCAGGAGCUGAUGCCUGCUUUGUUGAGGCACCAAGGAGUGAUGACGAGAUGAGAGAAGUGUGCAAGAAAACCAGCGGUUUCAGAGCUGCCAACAUGCUUGAAGGUGGAUACACACCCUUGCACACACCCCAGGAGCUCAAGGAAAUGGGUUUCCACCUCAUUGUGCACUCCACCACGGCUGUCUAUGCUUCUGCCCGCGCACUUAUUGACGUCCUGAAAGCACUCAAGGAUGAAGGAUCAAGCAGAGGCCAGUUCCACAAGCUCACCACAUUCGAGGAGUUCAACGGUUUGAUUGGUCUCAAAGAACUCAAUGAGAUUGGCGCUCGCUUUGAGAAGUUCACAGUGCCCAAAAACUAAGAGCACUCGAUGCUGUUUAUGUCCUGAGCAUCUAGAUCUUAAACUGCUGUUGAGGUCAAGUAUUGUGUUGAGCUUCUCGUGUUAGGGUGUGCACUUUUUUACUUAUCUUGUAAUUAUGUGGUGUGGCUGUGUUCAUUCUAUUUUGUAAUAAGGAUGAUUGCAUAAUAUCGAGUAUAGCUUAAUCUAUUUCCAUAA